UAUAGUUUUCUAUCUUAACUUUUAAAAGGUGAAUUAUUGUAUCAAUUUGUAUUUUUGUAUAGAUUUUUAUAAUCCAAUUUUUCGGUUGGAUUUUGGUGGGUUUUUUCUUGGGUUUGACCCCUUUUCUUUAAUUAAUUGCAUUCACCGAAACAAAAAUUUUAUUAAGGCAUGGUUUAAACUAGCAACGACAAGACACAGACAAUUAUUGAUACUUAAUUAUGACCAACAGUCAUGUGCGACAUCGCUCCAAGGUCAUUGCUAUCGCUAGCUAAAGUAACAAUGAAACUUCCGGUAUUUUAGAAUCGAACCCAGCCCUGCACGCAUGCACCACCUCCCUCAGAAACAAGAUUAGUCUGUCGAUGAUGAAAGUAUUACUCCGAUCAAAGACGGGAUUAUCGCAAUGUGUACUUUACUGAUAAUCAAUCAGAAUAUGUAAUGGCGGAUACAGGACUCAUCUUCUCUGCUUCCUGCUCCGGAGUGACCGAAUUGUAUGUUGAUAGCUAUGACGUGCCCCAUACAAUGAAGCCUCUUUAUCAUUGGAUAAAUCGCAAAAAUCUGGAAGUGGGUGCUUUUCAAUAAUUCACGUCUUACACUUGCUCUCUCGAAUCAAGAGGGGGGGCCACCAUGACCUUGAGUGAAAACGUCAUCAGACGAGAAUGACGUUUUAGAGAUGGUUGAAAGUCUUCCCUAAGAAUCGGUUCCUGUCUUUGGGUUGAAGUUUAUUCAGGGGCAGUAUUAGCUGUCGACGAAACCGCCCUGUAAAAAUACACAGUUGCUUAAUCAUGUAUUUGUAAACUUUCAGACAGACGAGUUGAAUUACGCAAGCCGUGAACUAAUCGUAUAUCGGUUAUCAUCUAGUCUUCUUAUCUCCUCUUUAACAGUUUCAUCGCUGAUGAUUUUGGUGUGAAUUCUCUAAAGUAAAAAUUUUCAAUUUUUAAUUUUUUAUGAUUUAAAAUAUCAAUCAAAGUACAUCUUCUCCAAAGAGAAGACCUUGACAUUCCUUGCAACAAAUGAAUGAGGUCACAGAUACGUGACGUCGUCACGUAACGUCGAGUUUCGAAUAUUUUAAAAACACAAGACGCGUUGUUUGAGUGAAAAGGUUCAUGUGAUAGUCAUUAAUUUUAGCCUAAUUUUCAGAAAUAUAAUUCAUAGUAAAUGACCCAUACCCAUUCAGCGCCAAUUAUUUUACAUUUUAUUACCUUCUCUCAAACCGUUGUUCACUGCAUAGCAAUAAUUAUUUGUGCUUUGAUAACUUAAGAUUUUACCAAAUGUAUCUAUAUUUUCUUGGGCUCACGAACUUUUCUACACUCGUAUGUUCAAGCAUAUUCAAAACCUGAGGGGUGGGGUGACCUAACCACAUCCUUUUUUUGUUAUAUAUAUAUAAUAUAUUCGCAUACAAAUAACCCAUAAUCCAACUAUGUUGAAUAAAUGAAAUAUUAAACAUACCCGUACGUGUUACACAUAAUAAUCUAUUCAAUUAAAUUAAAAUGACUUGUAAUUAAAGCAUCAAAUUUUAUUAAAAACACAUUAAUACUAUGAUAGCAACAUGCACACAUGUAAAUGUCUUGUUUUGGUGUUUUUUUUCCUUUCGAUAAUUUGCUACGUGUACAUGUAUCUCUGAUUUUAUAUUGACAGACUUCUUUCUGUGUUAUUUAAACCAAAUGUCAAAACUAAUAUGUUAGAACCAGUUCAAAGAUAUCGUUUAUCAGUUCGGCACGAGCUUAUCUUGUCGAAAGGCACAUUGUGAUUUCCUCAGCGUAAUUGUUUUCAAACAGUUAAUUUUACAGGAAACAUAAUUCUAAGAUAUCGUGGAAAUUCCCGCCAAACAAGCUGACGUGAAGUCCGGAGGGUAAUCGAUUUGUACCCGCCUUCCUCCGUGUGCCCCCCCCCCCCCCCCCCCCGAGCUGCAACAUGUCUCUCCACAGCCGCCUGAUGGCUUUCCCACGUGGUCAGGAUGAAAUCCAAAGCUAUCAAGAGAUCGCGGGGAUUGUUUGAGCAUCUUUUCUUCUGUUUAAACACCAGCGGACAAAUGACAACCGCUUUGCUAACAAAUAACUUCCAGGGACGUCACUCGAUCGGCCCAUAAUUGAAAAAUCAAAGAUAAAACAAGUAAUCGUUGAAGAUAAGACUGGCCAUUAAUCAAAGUAAAUUAUUAAUAAGUUUUUUUCAAGAUCCCGGGAUUCCAAUGGACAAUAUUUACAGAAAACGCAGGUGCACAUUGUUUUGUUCCUGCGGAUCCUUAAUGAGUUAAGUUCUAUCGUCAGAAUAGUGAUUGGGUGUAAGUGCGAUCAGCUAAUCAUCUUCUGUGUGUAUUCAUUUAACUGUAUUGGUAAUCAAAAGGAAAAUAUCGAACCCUGUACCUUAGUGUAUAUUAUAAACACAGGAGACUUCAUGGAGUUCUUAUACACGUCUUCAUGUUGUUCUAUCUAUUUUUAUUUCCUGUACUCCUGUCUACAACAGAUGGCAGAGGAUAUAGCGAGCUCUCUCUGAUUCUGUGAAUCACAGGAAAAGUUUUACUUACAUUGAACCGACUCCUUAUUUAAACAGAAUAAACUGUUUAUAAGAUAUGCCAACAUUUCAAUUCUUGUAAUAUAUACUCGCGGUGUUUUUUUCAACAACUCCCAUCUUGAGUGUGAACUGCCCAGAGUGCACGCUGUGGGAUUGUUGUACCAGUGUUUUCAUCUGUGAUUGGUAUGUUAGUAUAUGCUGAGAGACGUCUAUUGACAAUAUUCGUGUUAAUAUGCAUCGGGCAUCUGCUGGGGAUUCACGGGCUUCCGCGUCAUUGGUAGAGAACCAUCCAUCCAUCAAUUCGCGUAACUCGUAUUACUCCACUGUGGCAGCGAGUCAUGUAUGAUAACUGUGUCUUGUUAGUAUCGGAUGCUUCGCUUCACUAGACUUCAUUUAAUUUAAUGGAUAACUUUAGACGGUCAAUCUUUGCUCCCAAAACGUCCAUCAUACCUAUUCCGCAGUCCAGGCGGAACGAGAACAAAAUUGUGCUCAAUGUCGGAGGAGUCAGGUUCGAAACCUACAAAACGACGUUAAAGAGCAUCCCUGACACCCGACUGUCAUGGCUGUCCGACUCCACCGGAAACACCCCGGAGUUCGACCCGGUAUCCGGAGAAUUCUUCUUCGACAGGCAUUCCGGCAUGUUCCACAUGAUCUUAAACUAUUACCGCACGGGGAAGCUGCAUAUCCCUAUGGACGUAUGCGGCCCUGCAUUCGAGGAGGAACUAGCUUAUUGGGGCCUGGACGAGAACCAGAUAGAACCAUGCUGCUGGAACACGUACCGGGCCCAUAGAGACGCCCAGCAGACCCUGGCGGAGUUCGAGGGCCACGACCCAGAGGGCGAGAGUGACGACGAGGAGGAAUCGGCGAUGAGGGAGAGGUUCGGUAUCUCGGAGGACUUUGUGGAGGUCAAGAAGUCAACCUGGGAGAGGUGGAAAAUCCGGAUCUGGAAUAUCGUGGACGCACCAAGGACAAACCUACUGUCACGUAUAUUUGCCAUCGUGUCUGUGUUCUUCAUCAUUUUGUCCAUUGCAUCGUUCUGUCUUGAAACUCACUCCAAGUUCCGCUACGACAUUUCCAGUAACAGUUCCGGAGAACCCCGGACGAUCGUAGAGCAGGUCCGGAACACCCGUCCCCAUGUCCUGUUUCAGGUUCUGGAGUAUAUGUGUAUGGUAUUCUUUACAUUUGAAGUGACCGUCCGAUUUAUAUCUUGUCCAAACAAAUCAAAGUUCAUCAAAGACUUCUACAACUGGAUUGAGCUGUUUUCUGUGAUUCCAUUUUACUCUCUUAUCAUCGCGAAUUGCAUAUCACCUGCCUUUAUGACCACAGAUAUAGGAAUUUUCAUAAAUGCCAUGCGUUUCAUUCGGAUUUUCCGUAUCCUGAAACUGACACGUUAUUUCAGCAGCCUUAAAGUCAUUGGACAUACAAUAAGAGCAAGUGCCAAAGAGUUGCUCCUGUUGUUCCUGGUUCUCAUCAUUGGAGUUCUAAUUUUCGGUGUGUUAAUCUACUUCGCAGAACAAAUCCAAGAGGACACCCAGAAUGACUUUUCAGACAUUCCAAUCAGUUUUUACUGGGCCGUGGAGACCAUGACCACACUUGGUUACGGUGAUAUCGUGCCGAGAACUAUGACCGGCUAUAUCAUUGGAUGCGCGUGCGCGGUUUGUGGUCUCUUGAUGCUAUCUCUUCCGGUCCCCAUCAUUGUGAGCAAUUUUACACUAUAUUACACCCAUGCACAGGCCAAAAUGAAAUUGCCAAAGAAAAAUAAGAAUAUUCUUGUCGGCGCCGCCAACGCUUUAAAAGAGAGUUCGUUUGGGACAGUGACCCCGGUGGAAAGUAACGGGUCUGCAGGAGGGGAGUGUUGUAAAGAGUCCAGGCGGAACAGUAACGACAGUGCCCUGGGCAGCUGCAAUAGUACGGAAUCUCCUCAAAGUAUGAAAGAGCAAGUUGGUAUUAGUGUUAUAUUUACAAACGAAACCCCGCCCGGAAAUACGUCACCUGCCAGUUCCGGGUCCCCGGGACAAAAAAGGAAACUGUCUGAUAUCAAGGAAAUACCGGGGCGGCGCUGUAGUAGUCUGGAGGCCCCGUCCCCGACCAUUCACAGACUGAACCGCUCUGGAACUGGUUCCCUGCGAUUGACACCUGCCAAGCGACGUUCCAUCACCGUGUUUUGAUUGGCGGGAGCCGCCAUUGAAGGUAGUCGAUUGGUGGAGUUUCAAUCAUUGCUCACGUGUCGGUGACAGGCGGAAGCGGGGGGACUGUGCUAAAGUACAAAGUUCACGUCAUUUGAGGAUAUUAUUAUCUCAGUGUGGAAUCACUGACUGUCAAUGUCCGAAUCAUCACUCCAUUACUUUGUGACUCACGUGCUGGGUUUAAUUCGCUGUCUGUGAUAUGAAGAUGUCAAUAAAGUGUGUAUUAAUCAAUUUCACUGUGUUA